AUGGCCCAGCUUUAUGCUGAUCUGAGGUUUGCCAAAGUGAUGGGAGGCCGGAGCAUGGCCAGCCAGGAGCUGGAGGCAGCCUUUGGCAUGAAUGAGGCAGAAAGCCCCUUCGAGAACAUGCAGCCAGCACUGGCAGGGCAGGAUGAGGAUGGAGCAGAGCCCAACCCAGGGUGCUGCUCUCGUCGGUGGUGCAUCCCUGUGGGUCUGAUGGUGACUUGCCUGCUGCUGGUGGCCACUGUGGCCCUGGGGGCUUGCUACUGGCAGGUCACCCGCAGCCUGCAGGACUCCUCCCGUGAGCACGCGUCCGAGCAGGGCCGCCUGUCACAGGAGCUGAGGGUGCGGGAGCAGAGCCUGGAGCAGACACAACUGGAGCUGGCAUGGGCCAGAGAAGAGCUGCAGCGAGCAUGGCACGAGGGCAACAUCAGCCAGCUGCAGCUGGACAGACUGAACACGGAGCUGCGUCGCGUCACGGCGGUCCUAGGCAGGACAGAGAGGGAGGUGCAGGAGGUGCAGGGGAGGCUCAACAACAGCGAGAGCACAGUGGCCCUCCUGCGCUCCUGCACAGCUAUAGAUUGCUGUCCUUCUGGCUGGCUGCUGUACAGGGGCAAAUGCCUCUUCAUCUCCUCGGAGAAGAAGACUUGGGAAGACAGCAGAGAUGAGUGUGAGAAGACAUAUUCUCAGCUCCUGGUCACCAAAUCCUGGAGUCGCUGGACUGUGCCGACCUUCCUGAAGAAUGCAGAUGUCCCAUACUGGAUUGGGUUGCAGAAGGGCAAUUUUCCUUGGUACGACUAUGGCUGGCUGGAGGAAGAGGACCCAGAGGGUGAGGGGGCCUGGUUCUGGGUGGAUGGCUCCCUUUAUGAAAGGCCAUGGCAGUCAAAAUCAAAUGGAACCUGUGCCAUAAUAAGCCGUGGGAGCAUCAAACCUGCCCAGUGCACUGGUCCCAGUGACCUGCACCUCUGGAUCUGUGAGAAGGCAGCAGGGCCAAGCCUCCCUUUCAUGUGA